CUCAUUCGCAGUCUUUGCCGGUUGCUGUCGGCUGCUAUAGCACAAAACAAAAAACGAAAUUUAUUUGGUCAUCAUGGAUUUGAAAGUAAAUAAAUGUUGUUGUAUGAAUCUUCGUACCGCAGGCUUGUUAAUUGCUUGGCUGCACUUGCUUAUAAUUAUCAUUGUAAGUUGUACAGUAAUAAAUCGUAUAAUUUUUUUGGACAAAAAUCCACCUCCUCCUCCUAAGUUCGCUGUUUUUCGACCAAUUGUUAGUGCCAUUACUCGUGAAAUAAUUAAUUUGGUAAUUUACUUAUUCAAUGCUACUUUGACGUCAUUAUUACUUUUUGGAAUCUAUAAAAAAAAACAUCUUAUGAUGUUGCCUUACAUUAUUCUAAAUGGUCUAAGUGUUCUUUUAAUGGUUCCAUAUCUUGGACAAUUAUUUAUUACCGCUUUAUAUUCGGAUAAUUCAGAUAUUUUUGAAAUAAUAAUGGGAGCUUUGUUAUGUGCAGCACUAUUUGGUUUGAUGGCAUACUGUUGGAUUGUUAUUUAUUCACUUUACCAUAAAAUACGUGAUUCAAUUAAUAAGCCGAUGUCAAGGCAGUUUGAAAUAUGAAAACCAAAAACUGGCCAAAUUGUACACAAACCAAAUUAACUAAAACCUUUGAUAAAAAAGUGUUAAAUUUGAGCAAAAGUUGUGAAUGUGUUCAAAAAUAGUAUCAGAAAACUUCCAACUCGAAAUCUUAUAUUUUUUUGUACGUUUAGAAUCUUUUAUAUUAAAAUUUCUGAUAAUAAUCAAGUGGUGAUUUUUAAUAAAAAAAAAAAAAAU